CGAAACAAAGUGUAAAAGAAGAAGCACCGUGUGUUACGCGAGUGAGAGUUGGUUGGUUAUAGUUCGGUUGUGAAGGAAAGCAGGAAAAAUCCUUCGCUUUUUGGCCCUCCCCAUCGGCACCACACAGGGAACUCCGGAAAGACGAUGGAGAUCAGCAAAACAACAAUCGGAAUUGCGGCCGGAGUUGCCGGGACGUUGUUCCUUGGUUACUGCAUUUACUUCGAUCACAAGCGCCGCAAAGAUCCGGACUUCAAGAAGAAGCUGCGGGAGAGGAGGAAAGCAAAAAAGUCUGCUUCCUCGGCUGGAGGGCCAAGGACAACCAUGCCCAACAUGGCAGACCACGAAGAAGUGCAAAGAUUUUUCCUGCAGGAAAUUCAGAUGGGUGAAGCUCUCAUCUCUUCCGGUGACAUCGAGAACGGCGUCGAGCAUCUGGCCAACGCAGUGAUCGUUUGCGGCCAACCAGCACAACUUCUACAAGUCCUCCAGCAGACCUUGCCAGCCCAAGUGUUCACAUUACUGAUCAAUCGUAUGCGACAGUAUGGUGGCCAGAGCGGAGGCGAAAGUGAACGGGCCAAACUGCAGGACCUGAACGACGAUCUGGAAUAGUUUGGAUGUUUGAGUAUAUUGUAGCAGACGGAGACUGGAGUACCAAAAACAAACAGAAAAUCGUAGAGUGUCCGCGGUUAAUCGCACACGCAGUUUGAUGUAACGAAUUACACUAUUGUAGAGAAAAGAGAGAACUUCAAGCAACCCUAAGAAGUAGAAGUGCAUUAGUAUAAAACAAAAACCUAUCCAUCAUGUUAUGAAGAGCUUUUUUGGAGGAAACAUGCGUUAAAUUGGUUGUCGUUCGAAUUGA